GGGAGCAGGCACCCGCCUCGCGGCCCAGCCUGUACGCCUUCCCUUCCCGCUCGGGGUUAAAGCGGGGUGCUCCAGCCUGGGGAAGGUGCGAAGAGAAAACAAUGACCCUCCAGUGGGCGGCAGUUGCAACCUUUCUUUAUGCCGAAAUAGGACUCAUUUUAAUCUUCUGCCUGCCUUUCAUUCCUCCUCAGAGAUGGCAGAAGAUUUUUUCAUUUAGUGUCUGGGGUAAAAUUGCAACUUUUUGGAACAAGGCUUUCCUUACUAUUAUAGUCCUGUUGAUUGUCCUGUUUCUAGAUGCUGUGAGAGAAGUAAGGAAAUACUCCUCUACUCAUACCAUUGAGAAGAGCUCAACCAGCAAACCUAGUGCCUAUGAACAUACGCAGAUGAAACUUUUUAGAUCUCAAAGAAAUCUGUACAUUUCUGGAUUUUCAUUAUUUUUUUGGCUAGUGUUGAGACGUCUGGUUACACUUAUUACUCAGCUGGCAAAAGAACUGUCAAACAAAGGAGUACUUAAAUCUCAUGCAGAAAGUACUAAUAAGGCUGCCAAAAAAUUCAUGGAAGAGAAUGAAAAACUAAAACAGAUCUUGAAAAACUAUGGGAAAGAAGAUGAACACAUUUGGGAAGCAGAAAAUAAAAAACUAAUAGAAGACCAGGAAAAACUGAGAAUUGAAUUAAGGAAGGCUUCAGACGCCCUUUCUAAGGCACAAAAUGAUGUGAUGACAAUGAAGAUACAGUCAGAGAGACUUUCAGAAGAGUAUGAUCAACUCCUGAGAGAACACUCUCAACUUCAGGAUCGUUUAAGAAAAGACAGUAAAAAAGGCCUAUGAACUUUAUAAAAGAAGAUCACAAUACCCCGUGUCAAGAUGACAAAUUUGUUAUUGUGUUAGCCUUUAGAAAAUUUAAAAUUCAGUUCAGAAAAAUAGAUUGACUGGCUAAGAAUUUUAUUUUAAUGCCACACAUAGGUUGUAUCUUAAUGGCAUUAUUAAAAUAUUUGAUGAUGUUUCAGAUAUAUUGUAAAGUCUGUAUUCCAGCUCUUACAAAAAAUAUAAGCAUGUUAAAUACCGUAUUUACACACUGGUAACAACACUGGUGUGUGGUGACUAUUUUCUAACAAAGGAGAAAUUUAUUAGCCAGUUACUUUGGAAGUUAGAUUUUUCAGAUUGCAUGAAACCAUUAAUAGCCUUGAAAGCUUUGAUGAUUUUUCAGUAAUAAUAAUAAUAAUCUAUUUAAUGGGAUGAUGAUAUAUUUGAAUAUCAGUAUAGUAUUUGUUCAUGGGGCAAUUAAAUAGGGAUAAAUGAUUAGAACUAACUACUGUAUUUAUAAGAAAUAGCCAGAAAGAACAAAGAAUGAAAACAACGACCUUGGUUUUUACUUUAAUAAGAUAGCUAUAUUGUUAAUUAUAUUUUUGUUACUGUGCUUCUGCACCUGUUGAACUGGUUUUUUGUUGACAGUUAUAUUAAUAACAGUGAGCAUUCUACCUUUUCAAGUUCAUCUAGGAAUGAGUUUACAUUGAUGUGCAUACUGCCAUAGCACUGAAAUGAACUUAUUUUAUAAUAAUGUGGAAUUCUUAAAAAGUUAAUGUAUAACAUAUCCAAAAAACAGUGUUUCUCUUGGUUGUGAGAAUUAUUGAUUAUACAGAUAUUACCUCAAAUACACAUACCUGGUGUCACA